AUGCAGAAGCUUCCAUUUAAAGAUAUGACUGGUGCAUUGGUAGAUGAAGUAACUGAUUCCCUCUCUGAAGCUUUGGAUGCAGUUAAAAUGGUCGCCUCUGGCACGAAAAAUGAAAAAUCACAUGUUGAAGGCAUUGUGGAAGACUCCAGUAAGGAAAUGGAUGAUCCUACUAAUUGUUGCACUGACAAAGGAAAACGGAUUUUGAUGGUGAAUUCUCAAACAAGAUGUGACCCUAGUUCUACACAGAGGCACUAUGAACAACCUGCUGUCAUUGUUGAUAGAGAGGACUGGCCAUCCUGCAGGAAAUAUGUCUCUCUAUCAAGCCUUGAAAUUGACAAAGCACGAGACUCGCUUAAGUCGAGUAUUGUUGACUUGGUAGCUAAUGUAGAUGAUCCUCUCCCUAUGACCUUGGAAAUUACUGAAAGAAUUGUAUCAUAUGUGGCAGAAGCAAAAAAAAUGCAUUCUGAAGGCAAUGGAAAUAAGGAACAUGGGUCACCUGAUGAGUCCAUCAGAAAAGACCUCGACAGGAUGGAUGGGAAUGUUCCUGCUCCAUUUGCUGAUCAUACUGGAGAACCCUCUCAAGCUAAGGAGGGGAAUGAAGCUUUUAGUAGGCCUAAGAAAGUGCCAAGGACCGGAUUAAUGGAGAGGAAUGACACUGCUUGCUGUUUUGAGUGGGAGGAUUCUAUUGAUGACUCUUUCGAAGGUACAAAUAGUUGUCUGAGCAGAUAUACUUUACCAAGCCCCAGAACGAAGCAUGUGUCUCCCCUGAACAUAGACAAACCCAAAAGGUGGGGGAGAAGGAGAAAUAUUAAUAGAUGGACCGACGAGGAAGAAAAGGCUUUGACAGAGGGUGUAAAAAAGUAGUGGUUAACUUAUAUCUGAGGUUCUGCAUUUAA